AUGACGACUACUGCCUCUCAAUUUUUUUGGAACUUGGUUGACACGCCUUCCUCACCAAGUACCGAUUUAAGGAAGGCAGGAUUCAAGAGCCCCACGAAACCACCGUUCCUUCCCAGAAAGAAGAAAAGAGAGUCGCGAAUCUUAUCUCAUUUCUUCAAUUCACCCACUCGCCUCGACGGCCCUCGCUCCUUAGGCCUUCCUACCAUAUUUUCCCACGAACCUCACUCUAAUAUCGUCUUGCGAGCCCGGUCCAUUAUCAAUCCAGGAACUUCCGGCAGUCAAUCGUUAAUUGAAGUCAUCGAUGAGUCUACUUUUCACUUGAUUUUCCUUAGCUUCUCUGUUAUUAGAGACCCUCUCAGCUUCAUUCAGACAUGCAUUGAGCUACUACUCCGGAUCGUAUUCAGGUAUCUUCAGCUAUUAGAAAUAUCACAGCUCCCAAUCCCAACUUUCAGUCAUGCUAACACGCGGCACACCCAAAGGAUGGAUGACUUCAACGACGAUCGAGGCGAUCGCGCGUCUCUGCAUGAGCAGCUUGCCUUCUUAGCAUUGACGAAUGCAAUUGAUAAUUGGAACUCUCAGUGUCCCCAUCUCGCUACUCAGCUGGUAAACGACAAUGAUCAACAUCUCAUAACCGAAUGUUACAAGGCUCACUUGAUGCCGACAGCGCGUUCCUUCUGGUGGAAUGGAGAGAACGCCAAUAUAGCCACAUCUAUACUUCUGCCUAAGAUGUACCCUCUGCUCGAGAACAAUUAUUGGAAGCGUGACAGAUUGAAGGCUACCGACAUUCUCAGAACCUGGCGUCAAGACGCUGCCCGCCUUUUACCGUUUGACGAUGUCGACAACGAAGAGCUUGGAAACACACGUGUUGAAGAAGAGGAGGAAGAGAUAGAAGAAGACUCUGUCGAAGAGGACAGAGAUGUCCGAGGUCUUUCCCGCUCCCUACAGCAGUGUGGAAUGAACGACCAACACGAUACAGAAGAAGACACUGAAGACGUCAUUUUCGUUGCAGAACGACCCGCGACAAGCAAGAAGAGAAAGGCGGAGAGUCCAUUGAGCCCAGUCAUCACACCCAAGAGAGCGAAGCAUCAUCAAUCUGUCGACAAGUCCGUUUACGACGUCGAGAGCUCCGACGACGACAUCAUUGUGCGCCGCCGACGGCCCCUUGCGAAGUCUGCAGGUCUUCCUAGAGUAUGGCCCGCUGGAACGCUCAUCACACCUCCUCAAAGCGACGGAUCGUCACCCACGGUCUCAAUCGACUCUGAUAGCGACGACCAGGAGUCCCUUUCGAUAAGUAGACGUCGAGAUCGUCUUGUUACCUCGACCGACUCGGACAGCGAUGAUCAAGAGCCCCUUUGGAUGGGAAGACGUCGAGGCCGUCGUCUUUUUGAACGCAAGGAAUCGCCCAAGCCUUCGAUGGAGCGUCAGUCGCCACUCGGUCUCUCGCCCAUCCGGACCGUCGCGACUACCGAGCCAGUCGAAGCGCCCAAGGAGAAGCACAACUGUGUUGCGGCCCUCGAGGACCUUUUUGAUUCCGUCAAUAGAUCCCGUGAUCAGUUCACGGGAGAGGAGUGGGAGCAGGCGGAUCGACAAUUGAAAGAGAUGGGGAAGCGGAUGAAGAGAAUGAGCAAGAUGGCCAAGACUAAGAGAAUGGAUAGAACCCUAUCUGAUAGACUCUGGCACCUCAAUAAAGAGAUAGAUAGAAGAUGCUUCCAGAAAAUGCACGAAGUACACAGCUUUGAGAAUGGUGUCAACCCCUAUUUCAUCAGGACACAGAGAUCAAAUUUUUUGCAAAGGUGCUUCUGUCUGCGCACACACCAACCACUGUGGGACAAUGGCAAUUCUCCAUGUUAUCGAGCAAAGACCGAUUCAUUGCGAAACCGAGGAACGACGCCAAGCCCUACAGAACCCGAGUCACUGCGCUUAAACAAUGUUUCCAACCCAUUGUGUGCCACCCUUCGGGAACGUUUCAGCGAUCAAUUCUGUGGUGGUGCUAAGACCCCGGGUUUGUUUGCGUUUAGCUUCCCCCGCCCAUCCGCGCGUUACCCUUACGGUUACAUUCUCCCCCAAGGUAGCCUCAACCCUCCUUUUUCGUCUACCACACAUAGUAAUCUGCGCGGCAAAAAAUCUAGGAAUAUUCCAAACAUGGCAGAGUCAAUCACCGCAACAAUGGCCGCGAGUCGCAAGAGAUCAAGGCCCGAGGCAGAUACCACCAGUACCACCAGCUGCAAAGCAACACUAGCUUCCAUCAACUUCAACGACAGACCACCACACCCUACCACAAUCAUCUCACUACCCAAAAACGAAGACGAAGUCGAGACCCUCCUCGAAAAAACAAGCGCCCUCGCCGACGUAGUCUCCCACAACCGCAGUCUAGCCGUCUACACCGCCUUCGCAGCAACACCCAACCCCAAACGCGACCCCGUCGCCAUCGCCAAGAGGGAAGCUGACGUGCGCGAGCUCGAAAUGUACGACCGCUUCGAGCAGAUCGGCUGCCAGCCGCAACCCUGGAUGAAGCUCGACGUGCUCAAGGACGUGAAGCCGCUCGACAGGGAGAACAAGAAGACGGCGGCGCGGUACGAGGACAUGGCGUCCUGCGUCGACGAGGUGUGUGGCACAACGGGCGCAACGAAAGAGAAUGUGGCGUGGAUCGUGGAGAAUAGGGACAUUGUGCUGCCGCUUGUGAAGUUUUAUCUGAGGAUGAAGAGGGCGAGGAGGAAUCUUUCGGGCGGGCAGGCGAGUCUUUCGAGUAAUGAGCUGGCUGAGUACCAGACAGUACGCAAGAUUCGGAGCGUUUUGGGGGUGAGGAUGCAGAAGUUCCGGAUGGAGAAGGCUUCGGAGAGGAGGUUGAGGGGGUAUGAUGUUGUGCUGUUGAGGAGGCAGAAUGAGAUGAAUGCUAUUUUGAAGGGGCAGCGGGAUCGGGAUGGGCAGAGCGAGGACAAAGCGCCAACGUUGCUGAAGCGUAAUGGCCAGUAUAGUCAUAAGUGGCACAGAGUCAAGUGA